AAAACAUAUAGUAUCAGACAUAAAGCCAAAAGAAGGUUCAGUAGUCAUGAAAUCAUGGAGUGUAGUGCUACUACUCAUCUCUACUGUCAGCCUUUUCUCGUUUCUGGCCUCCGCCGCCGAUCCUGACCCGGUGCAGGAUUUCUGUGUAUCUGUUAACGACACAAAAUUUGCCGUAUUUGUGAACGGAAAGUUUUGCAAGAAGCCGGAGAGCGUGACGGCGGACGACUUCUACUACGCGGCGGGGCUGCAUGAGCCCCAACCGAUAACAAGCCCUUUCGGCUCCAAAAUCACGAUGGCCUUCGAGCGGCAGUUCCCAGCGCUCAACACUCAAGGCGUGGCGAUGUCUCGCAUCGACUUUGCCCCGCAGGGCCUGAACCCGCCCCACUGGCACCCCCGCGCGUCGGAAAUGCUGGUGGUGUUGCAGGGCACGCUCUACUCCGGCUUCUUCACCACCAACCCUCACGACCCACACGAGAACGGCACGCUCUAUGCCAAGACCCUGCGCCCGGGCGACGUCUUCGUCUUCCCCAGGGGCCUCUUGCACUUCCAGUAUAACGUCGGCCACGACCACGCCGUCGCCUUCGUCAGCUUCAACAGCCAGAAUCCGGGGGUGGUGACGGCGGCGAGGCUGCUGUUUGGGGCGGAGCCGUGGGUUUGUCCGCGGAUGCUGGCCGAUGCUUUCCAGAUUGACGUCAGGAUGGUGGCGUAUUUGCAGUCGCUGCGCUGGGAGGGGAACAACUAGUCAUGUAACGCGACCUACCUGCUAAAUUCAUAUAUUCAUUAAUUAAAUGUAUAAAUAAAAUAAUCUUGUUGGUGUGUAAAUUGUUAUUGUCACUUAUUGGAAGUGAUAUAAAGUAUUGUACGACUCUUACAAGUGAUUAAUUGCAGCAAUUCAGUUGUGCA